CACCAUGAUUAGGCCUAAAGUUUCAUUCUCUCAAAUUGAUAAGGAUUUUUGGAAGGUGAAAAUCCUUUAGGUGACAAGAAUUUAAACAUUUCAAAAAUAGAUAAAAGUCCAAAAGGUGAAGGGAUUUUAAAAAAUCACAAGAGUCCAUCUUCUUCCCCAAAAAUCUUAGAGCAAAACACUAAUUCCAAAAUUAAAUCCAAUUUUUCUUCUAAAUCUCCAAACAUUAAUCCCCAAAAUUUGUCCAGUAUGGUUAAUUCAAAUCUACCGACUCUAGCCACCACCACAUCGUCGGCCAUCAGCAACUCCCCGUCGCCUAACGCUCCACUGCCGACGGUCAUCGUGCCCAGCGAGCCCUCUGCUCGUCCUUCUUUGGUGACUGCUUCUCGUGGUCAGCAACUCGUCGGCGUCCUCGGCAGCUCCUCGCCAACCACUCCUCUGCCGACUCAGUCAUCUCCGACGGCGAUAGGUGGAGCGGCAGCGAUGGCGGAAAAUAGCAGUGGGGGUACUCCUCAGUUGCAGCAGUCUGGUGUUUCUUCUCCGCAGCAGCUCGGCGGCGAUGGCGAUCCGGUGGCCAGCAGCGCGUCUCUUCCACCACUCAGCUCCUUCGCGUUGACAGUAACACCAACUGCAACACCCGCCGUUGCACCAUUCUCCACCUCAGCAGCAGAAGACGGGAGCUUCCCUCCGGCAGCGGCACAUGGCACCUUACCAGCAGCAGCGGGCGGCAACUCUUCUCCCCCGCAGUUCGACAGCGACUCGGCAGCCAUCUCCUUGCUGACAGCAACGAACGACAGUCCCCCUCCCCCGGCAGCAGCAAAUCCGGCAGGCAGCUCUUCUUCGGCAGGUUCUGACGUAGUGUCGUCAAUUUUAGAAUUUCCUACGGCGACAACGGCCACUCCAAGUGUGGUUGAUCCGGCGGUUUUAUCCGUUUCCAGUGGUGUUUCUUCAUCGCCGGCCACGGUAUCAGCUAGCAACUUGCCAACUAAUUUGGUAGCGGAAAUUGUAGCUACUAUGCCUGCUUUUAUCUCUAAAACACCAGCUUCUAUCUUGGCGAUUCCAAAGGCAACAACUUGUGGCUUUCCGGCAACCAAAAACCCAGUUAUAGUGCAAGAUAAGGAGGAGGUUCCUCCAAUCACGAAUCCUACUAUCGAUGAGUCGCAGUCUCAAAAAAGACGACGUGUUGAUGAGGGAUCUUUCUCACAAGGAGCUCAUUUUGAUUCUUCGGCAUCUGUUCCGAAGUUAGCUGAGUUGGUUGAAAAUCAUAGGCCGGCUAGUUUGCUUAAUCCUCCUGUUCUGGCUGAGCAUAUAAGGAGUCUGGCGAUCCCUGAAGAUAUUACUUGGUUUGAUCUGAAGCUUGGGCAUGAGUUAGCCGAUAUUUCUUGCUUCCAUGAAUUUUCGGCUCUUCAAGCUGGUUUAGUCCUAAACGACUGUCGGCAAUGUGCCAAGGAGGAGGUUGAGCGACUAUCUGGGUUAUUGGCUUUGUCCGAGUCAGAUAGGGCGAGCUUAAAAGCUUCUUUGGAGGAGCAUGAUUCGCUUCUUUUGAAGUUGAAGGCUCAGAAUGCAGUUAACGAUCGUCGAGGAUUGGUCAUCGAGAAGAAGACCGCCGAUCUGACUCGGGAAAUUGAGGAACUGAUGUUUGUCAACACUUAUGUUGGAGGCAAAAGAAAUAAAUUAAAGGGCAAAGUUGAGAAACUUCAUAUUUGUCUUCUCGAUACGAAGGACUUUUAUUCUGCUUUGAUUGGCAAGUAUCGUCUCACCAUUGGGAGCAACCUUUUGGAGCAGAACCCAAACAUUGAUCUCUCCGGUGUAAAUGAUCUAGACCCUCAGGUUAUAGCGAAAGCUUUCAUGGAGAAAAUGGCGAAGGGUCUCUCUGUAGGAGAAUAGUUAUUGUUUUGUUUUUCCUUUUAUUGUAUCGCCUCUGCUCGUAUUUGUACUGUACUUUGAUUGUAAUUAAUGAAUGACUCAUUUUCCUACAAA